AUGCGAACUUUCUUCUCUCGUCUUCUUUCCGCUCUCUUCGCCUCCGCCGUGCUGCCUGGCGCCUGUGUCUUUCCACUCGCUGCGCUCCUUGGCUGCCGCUCGCGCGCGCGUAGGUGCGCUCGCGGGACGAUCCUCUCCGUGCUCUGUCUACUCCUGGCUGCCCGCGGCAGCCAACGAGGCGAACGACGCGCCGAAACCGAAGUCAACCUGCUCUUCGCGAGCGCGGGCGUCCGCGGGCUGCACUCCUGGCUGCGCGAGGCGUUUCCCUCGGCUGUGCAGACGCUGCACACGCGCCGAGACGUGUUUCGCGUCGACAGUCUCCUCUUCGACUUGAACCAGCUCCUUCACCAGGCCGCGCUCGUCCCCGCGCGCGCCGCGCCCUCCGCCGCCGCGCUGCUGCACCGCACCCGCAGCCUCAGGCCAACGGACCGCCGCCGCUUCGCCGCAGAGGACGCCUCGCGCGGCUUCGAGGCCCUGGGCGCCGCGGGCCUUUGCCCCGACCCCCCGAGUUCCGCGGAGCCCGCGGCGUCGGCGGGCUUCGCGGAAGACGAGGAGGCCGUUCUGCGGCGGCUGGUGUCACUGAUCGCCGCGACGGUGAGGAGGCUGCGACCGCGGAAGUCGAUUGUUUUCGCCCUCGACGGCGUGCCGCCGCUCGCGAAGCUGCUCACCACGGCCAAGCGGCGCAGGGCGAAACAGCCGCUCGCCGCGGAAGACGAUGAAGGCGCGGAGGAGCUGGAGGGCGACUCGCGCGAUGGCGGGUGUGCAGAUGGGCGCGGCGAUGAAGAAGAGAGGGAUGCAGACGGCACACAAGCGGAAGGCUCAGGCUGCACCGCAGACAGCGAAGACGUCCGCUGGCGCGCCGGCAGCACAGACGCGGCUGCCGAGUCUGCGGAGGCUCCACCGAAGAAGAAGGAACGCUACCGCAUUCCUUCGUAUCUGCUCACCCCGGGCACAGCGUUCAUGCAGCGAGUGGAGGAAACCUGCAAGCGCUUCGCGUGGCAGCGCCUCGCCUCCCCCCGCGAUCGACACCUGAAGUUUUUCAUCUCCGGAUCCACGUCAUACGGCGAGGGAGAGCUGAAGCUGAUCGACUGGCUGCGCGCCUCGACGCAGGGCCGCCAGGCGCCUGCGUGCUUCGCGGCGUCUCCUUCCGCGGAGCCUCCGACUGCGUCCGCCGCGGAGGAGAGCGUGGCGAUCGUGGGGGCGGACGCAGACCUCGUGGUGCAGGCCCUCGCGUUCCCCGGCGCGCCCAACCUGUUCGUCUACAAUCCGCAGAGGCGCCUCAGCGACGCGAAGCACACGCGCACGCUCUACUCGCUGCGGCAUCUGCUGGCUGCCCUCGAUCUGCAAUUCCCCGGUCGCUCACAUUUGAUUCGGCGCGACUUGGCGCUUUUGUGCGUUUUGAAUGGAAACGACUACCUCCCGAAGGCCGGCGGAUUUACGUUUCCGCGAUUCUUCGAGGCCUACUCCGCCGUCCGAAGAAGACCGGAGUUCGCGGACGCGUCGCUCGUGAAGGCGACGACCCGCGCAUUUGAUUUCUCUUUUUUUCUCGCGUUUCUCGAGGAGCUCGACAAGCUCUCGAGUCUACGCCUCAUCGCCCUGCAGCAGAUGCGGAUGGCGACCGUGGCGCUCCAGGCGCCCGCGAAGCUCUCGCCGUUGGCGCUGAUGAACCAGCUCCUCGCUCAGAACCGCCUCGCGCUGCCAGCAGAGGCCGCCGCUCCCGCGCGAGGCAGUGGAGACGAGAAUAGGAACGUCUCAGCUCAGUGCGCAGCUGCAGACGAUUCGCAGCGUAUUUUGGUAGGAGGCGUCUUGCGUUGUCUCCGCGUAUGCGCUUCAAGGUUUUCCGCUCGUGUUGUUCAGUCGCCCCAUUGCGAAGCAGGUUUCGAGUGCUCGCUUGGCAUCUAUAUAUCUGGUUUCUACAUAUAUAUAUAUAUAUAUAUAUCUGUGUGUGUGUGUCUGCAUGCAAUGUCGUCUGCCCGGCGCAGCUGCGUCGGCGCCGGUCAGCUCCUCGCUGCAUCGCGUUUUUCUGGGUUUCCUCAGUGGGAGAUUCGCGCCGACGGCCUCGGGCCUGCCUACUUCGCGGCCACGCUCCACGUGCCGCGCGACGUCCUGCUCGCGCUCGCCGCCACCGCCGUCGGCAGCGGCGAAGGCGACCGCGGCGCGCCGGUCAGCUUCGUGGGCCGCGCACGCGAUAAGCAGGGCGCCAAGCAGGACGCGGCGCUGCAGCUGCUGCGCGCAUGCAGCCCCGAGCUGCUCGGCCGCGUCGAGGCGACGCCGAGACACCCGCAGUUGGCAGACGGCGAAGGCGAGAACGAAGGCCGCGACGAAGGCCACGACGAAGUCGACGAGGAAGAGGACCGCGCAGACGAGCGAGACGAGGAACGCGAAGAAGAGAGAGAAGAAGAGGAGGACAACGAGGAGAUAGGGUCACAACUGAACGCUGCACUGCUGCCUGAGUUCCGGGGCUUUGUGCCCGCGCUCCUGCAGGCCGCAUGUACCCUGCAGGCGACGAGCCCCGCGAACACACUCAACAACCUCUGUCUGAAGGUGUUUAAGUCGCCGCCGUCGAUCUUCACGCUCUCCGCCCCCGACCUGCACGCACGUCUCGCUGCGUCGUCGCCACUGGCUGGAAACUCCGCCGCAGCGUCGUCGGUUCCUGCCGAUGCGCCUCCGCUCGCCUCUCUUGCGUCUGCGGUGGCGUCGCAGCCCCUCGCGUUUCCGCGGCUUCGCGAGCUCCUCGAUCGGCAGAGUCCGCUCCGGCCUGCAGACGAACUCUCCGCGCAGCUGUCUCCUCCGUGCCGUGCCCCGUCCUCUGUCGCCCGCAGUCGCGAGGCAGACGAGGAAGCCGCGCCGGAGGGACUGGAGACCGAAGACGCAGGGGGAGUGCCUGUGUUGGCUGGGCUCGCGCUCGCGGUUGUGGCGAUCGGCGAUCUGCCGCUCUACGCGGCCUGGACAAACCUCGAGGGCGUUCCGAAGAAGCAGCAAAAACACCUGAUCGCCAUGCACGCGCUCCAGCAGCUCUCCGCGCCGCUGGUGCACUCUCUGCGGCUGGCGGGCUGGACGAUGGGCGGCACGCAGGAGGCGAAGCCGGGCGCGGACGCAGAGGCCCGCGGCGCAUGCGACGACGACGCGCGAAGCGAAGGUCGCGUCGUCCCGGCUGAGAAGACUGAAGGCCAGCUCGCGCUUCCCCACGGGGGAGGAGAAGGGCGCGCGGCGUCCGCCAGCUCAACUGCUGACUCUGGUCUCAAGUCUGGAGACUCGCAGGCCGCGGUCGCGCUCCCUGCCACAGCCCGCGAGGCCGGGGAGACGACGGGGCUAGAGGCGAGUGCCCAAGCACGCAGGACUGACGCCGAAACGAGCGAAGCGAAGCCGCACGAACUCGACCUCGCGCGCCGGGCGGAGGACGCGGGGGGAGUCAGUGCUGGGGCGUUUGAAGCCCUUCCGCCUCGCGACCGGAGCUGCGAGGGGGCAACCUCGCCUGCGGGCGCAGAGGCACUUCGAGACGAAAACGCAAGCGACGGGGACGAAGACGAGAGGGAACAGCCGCCGCCCACACUCCCCGCAGAGCCAGACCUUGACGCGCGUCUGGCGGAAAACGCCGAGGCAGAAAAACCGAAAGUCGAGGCGUAUCUCGAAGGUCUGCUAUGGAAUCUGCAGAUGUACGCAGAGGGCCAGUGUCCGGACUCGCGCUGGUUUUAUCCGUUCGGGAAGGCGCCCGCGCUCUACUCGGUGCGCGCUUAUAUUCGAGAAAAACUCGCACAGGCUCGUCCUGCUGAGGCGCCCGCCGCGAUGGCAAAUGGUCAUGCAGGACGUCUGGGCGCCGCAAGCGCUAGCGGAGCGUCUUCUCUCCAGAACAGAAGCGAGCUCAGGGAAGACCCUUCGGUGGCGGCGGCGCGCGGCGCAGACGACAGAGCUUCCGCAACGGGCGAGGAAAGCGUGCUAGGGUUUGCGAAGGAGACGGACGCGUCAGAGCGGUUCGCCAGCGACGAAGAGGCGACCAGGAGACGCAGGGGGGACGGCCGAGACUCCGCUUCAGAGGCCGCGAAGAGCGCGCGGUCGCCAGGGUCUCCGACCAGCGCCUCGCUGUACGCGGCGGCGGUGAUGCCGCUGAGCGCGAUUGAGCGACUGCGACGCAGCCUUGCCGAGACGCCCGCGAUUCCCGAUCCGUGCGACGCCGGGCGAGUGGAACCGACUCCAAACGGAGAGACGGAAUCGAGACUACGAGGCGCGGAAUCCGAUCAAAGCGAGGCGAGCCGCGAACCGCAUGAGGCCGCGGGCAGCCGCGCGCGGCACGCGCAGCCCUUCGAGGGCGCCGGAAGCCGCGAGUCGAACCCCAGCAGGCCUUGCGCAGAGGGGCGAAGGCCUCCCGGGGAUCAGCUGGUAGAGCGCGGCUUGGGGCGAGCCUUUGGGCGACUUGUCUGCCACGCGCACAGCCUGCUUCGGCAAAUCAUGGCCGCGGAGCGGAUGGGCGUCUCCGCGCGCCUCGGCGAACUGUCCGGACGCGCUGCCGAGGUGGACGCGAAUGCGGAGAGCGACACCUUGCCCUGCGACGCGACGACCGCGACGCACUCCGGCGAACGAGACAGCGAAGGAGACGCCGCGAUUCAGAGCGAAGUAGGAGUCGCGGCGGGGGCAGCCAAAGGAGAUCUGGGCGAUCUGCGCGGCGCCUGGGGAGGCCAGCGAGCCGAAGGGUCGCUGGGUCAAGGGGAAGAGGACUACGCCGACGCGGCGCGGAUUGCCGAUGCGGCAGACGGCGUCGAAGAGCUCCGCGAGGGCGAAGAGAGCGUCUACCCGCUUCCCCGCCACGUCUUGGCCGCGACCGAACUGCUGGAGGCGCUCGUAGAGGGCAGGCGAGGGCGGGGACUAGAAGGCCUUGCGCGCGAUGCGGUCGACGGCGGCGGCCUGCGAGUGCCGCUAACUGGAGCCUUCUCUGCGCAGUCUGCCCUCCGGCUGUGUGAAGGCAGAGGCGAGCGCGACGCGACGGCAGACCAAGAAACGACAGCGCGAGAAGAAGACUCCACAGGUCGCGUGCACCGCCGGGAACGGCAGGCCGCGUCGCUCUGCUGUGCGCAUGACUUGCGUCGCGCGACGCCACAAACGGGCGCCGGAGUAGCGCCUGCGAGCGCCGAGCCGCAGCCCCUCACCCGCACCCCGAGGGCUCAAAGGGACGACGGCGGAGACCCAGCAGGCGGCCAAGGGGGCGCAGGCGCGCCUGCAGAGGCUCAUGCACGCCACCGCGCCGGCGACGCUACGGGCGGCGAGCGACGAGCGUGCGAGGCUCGGCGCGAGCGCCUGGCGGGCGAGGCAGGGGUUUUGCCGGCGCAGGCCGAGCGUCUCCUGGGCGGAGCGUCGAGCUCGUGGCUGUCUCUGUCGCGCGCCCAGGAGACCCCGGCGGAACCCACAGGCCAGACGCCGCGGCGGCUGUCCUCUCGGCGCGACGCCGCGCCGCGCCUCAGCCGCUCGCGGCCGCCCCCGGGACGUGCGUGGGCGCCGCGGGACUUGGUGCCUGAGGCCGAUGCUAGGCUGGUUGAGGAGGAAGUGCCUCUCUUCCAAGAGACGCCGCGGCGGUGCGGCUGGCUGGCGUCGCGCGCCUUGCCCUCGGCGCGGCUCGAUCAAGGGCAGAGACCUCGCGGGGAGCACGUCAACGACGACGAGGGCGGUCGCCCCGAGAGCGGCAGUCGCGAGGGGGUGGCGAGCUCCCGCUCGAGCCUGUCUUCGAGGUCCUCGCUCCCCUGGCUGGGGGGGAGCCGCGCGGCCGCCCAGCUUGUGAACUCGGCAGCGGCACGGACACCGCCUUCGCACAGCCCGUUCGCGGCUUCGGGCUGCUCGCCGCGCUGGUCGAGCUCAUCGCAGCUUGCCUGCCAUCCGUCCGCCUCCUCGCUUCCGCUCUGCUCCAUUCCCGCGGCCCGGCCACUGCGCCGGCAGACGCACGCCGACGCGGUUUACGCAGAGACGCGCGUGUCGCCGCUUCCUUUGGCAACGCGCUGCGAGGGCGCGCCUCCCGCCCCAGGCAGCUCGUCGCGGCUCCUGAGUUCGCCAGGUGCUUGCUCGCUUCCCGGCGUCUCGUCGAGGUUCGACUCUGUCUCCUUCGUGGGCGUGCACCCUCGCACGCCGUUCUGGGUCGCUGCUUCGCAGGACGGCGGCGCGGCCGCGCGCCUGAAUUGCUUCGGAGGCGAUCACCACAGCCGCGUCGUUUCUCGGCUUCGCCAUUCUCGGGAGCAGCGGACUCGUUGUCGAUUCCCAGCCGCAGUGGAUCGCCGGCUGCUGAGCGCAUUCUCUUCGCGCGGACUCACAAACUUCGCGGCGCCGCCGCGCCCGCUCCACCCGUGUUUGGAGCCUUGGGCGCCGCCGCCCGCCGUUUUUUUUCGCUGUCGGCGGGGGGCCGUUGCCUCCUCUCGGGUCUCGCCGGCCUCCAGGCCGCGCGCGGCUUCAGCGACCUCCGCCGCGUCUUUUUCGCUGGGGAGCGCGGAGCCCAGAAAGGCGCUCAGGGCGUGA